AGUGAGUUCGUCGUCUGUCAAACUGUUCACACGUUGGUGUCAACGUUCAAUAAAAAUAAUUAGUAAAUUAGCGCAUUCGUGCAAUUUUACCGGUUAGAUUCAAUGUUUAUGCGUUCAUUUUUAAGUGUAUCGCGGAAAUCGUUUUCUACCGACAUGGUUAAAGCUAAGAAAUUCAUUUACGCGAAACGGUUUGAAGGCGAACCCAAGUUGACUGAUUUCAAAUUGGUUGAAGAAGAGUUGCCAGAGCUGCAGGAAGGAGAAUACCUUUGCGAAGCCCACUACCUCAGUGUCGACCCCUACAUGAGGGCAUACAUGAUUAGGUAUCCCGUCGGAGUGACCAUGAUCGGAGCACAAGUUGCAAAAAUUCUGGUCAGUCGAAAUCCUAAAUUUCCGGUCGGUAGAUUCGUUUGUGGAGAUUUUGGGUGGACUACUCAUACCAUUAUGGGCCAAAACAAAAAGGAAGGAAUGAUGACUGAACCAUACCUCCUACCGGAAUUGGGUGGAAUUUCACCAUCUUUAUGUUUGGGAGCUUUAGGAAUGCCGGGUAACACGGCAUAUUUCGGCUUUUUGGAAAUCUGUCAGCCUAAAGAAGGAGAAACUGUCGUUGUCACUGGAGCUGCUGGAGCUGUUGGUAACCACGUUGGACAAUUAGCAAAAAUUAAAGGUUGCAAAGUGAUUGGAUUUGCAGGAAGUGAUGAAAAAUGCAACUGGUUGAAGAAUGAUCUCGGUUUUGAUCACGCGCUCAAUUACAAGACCGUCGACGCAGCUAAAGCGCUAAAAGAAGCCGCUCCCAAUGGCGUUGAUUGUUACUUUGAUAAUGUUGGUGGUGAAUUGAGUUCAAUCAUUAUGAACCAAAUGAAUUUGUAUGGCAGAAUUUCAGUAUGCGGAGCUAUUUCAGCUUAUAAUGCAGAUGUAACCAAAGUACCAACAGCUCCAAUCGUGCAACCUACUCUUAUCUUCAAAGAAUUAAAAAUGGAAGGAUUUCUUGUGACGAGAUGGAUAUCACGAUGGAUGGAAGGAAUUGGUAAAAAUGCUGCUUUGAUAGCAGAAGGAAAAUUGAAAGUUCGCGAAACGGUUACGGAUGGUUUUGAAAAUACGCCCCAAGCAUUUAUCGAUAUGCUUCGCGGUUCCAACACUGGCAAAGCUGUCGUAAAGUGCAUCUAAUUGUAAGAUUUUUUAAGCGUAGU